CCCUAUGAGCAGUUGUUGUGCUGGAUACUGACUUUGCUGGGGCUGAUAGUGGAGAUACAAGACAGCCUGCUAAUCAUACAGAAUGUGCAAACCAACACUUCUAGCCUGGUUCAUUUCUGUCAUCCUUUCUUUACCUAUUUUGCUUUGUCAUCCAGUUUUAGAUUCUGGGGAGAUAUCGUAUCAGCUUCCAGUUUCAACCAAUGAAGUGCAGAGGAUACCACUGCAGGAUCUGAAGAACCUAGAGAGAGCAGCCUAUGUCCUGGAACAGCUACGACCUCAGCUCAGCAAAGCAGACCUACAGAUAGGUACUGAUGAGAACUUGUACAGAGGAGCCCUGUCACAGAAUGGAUACUAUACAAAUGAAGACAAUGAGGCCUUAUACAAAAAAACUCAACCAAUUUCUUUGUUGCAACUUAUUCUUGCAGAAGGAAGGAAACAGCAGAACAAGCGAAAUAGCCUUUCAGAGUGCUUUUGGAAGUACUGUGUCUAAGUGUUUGUCAUCUGUCCCAUGUGUUCACAUCCUUUUUUCAACCUGUUUUGUUUUGACUAAAUAUUCUUGAAAGCUACCUGCAAAUUAUGUAAAUAAUUUUCAUUCACUUCACCAGAAUAACAACUGUGUACAAACUGCUGCAGAAUUACUAAAAAAAAAAAACAAUAAAAUAUCUAUAUUUUGCAAAUGGCA